CUCUCUCGCAUAGCAAUUACACCUUUCUCUCCCACCAUUAAAUGCAAUUGCACCCUCUCAAUACGCUCUGCAAUUACUCCCUCUGCCCCCUUAUCUCCUUCCUUGCCCUUCUCUAUUUCCUAAAACCACUUCCCUUUCUUCUUUCUCAUCUUCUCCUCCUUUUCCAACUUCCAAAACCUUUUACUAGUCUAGAUAAUCUUGCACACCAAAAACCGUACGCUGGAAAACCACUUUUGGGACACCAAACAGUGGUUUCCCGGCACACGUUAAGCCCAAAACCAGAUCUACAGCGCCUCGCUCUCUAGGGCUUUUGAUAAGGUGCAGAUACACAACAUCAUACAUCUAUAGCUAGGGCAAGACCAGAAAAUAUAAGGAGAAACUUGGGUUGUUACAGUUUGGAUUACUCCCGAGAUAUAUUCGUGUGCGUUAUGUGUUUGGUUUAGAUCGAUCGAUUUUUUUUUUUUUUUUUUUGUGUGAAGACUCAAGCCGUAUUGAAAUCGUCAACCCCUUUAAUCUUAAUCUCUUCAUAUACUCACACUCUCCAUUUCAUCACCAAGUGCAAAAUUGAACCGUGUGACAAAACCUCAUUUUGUCUUCUCUCUGUCUCUUUGUUUUUUCACCUGAAAAAUUUCACAUUUAUCCCUCUGUCUAGAUCAAACUCAAAAAUCCAAAUCAACCUCAAACCCCCUAAACUAAGAAACUAAUCGCACAAAUUAAAAAUUCAGGUUGCUUUUGAGUAUUUUUGGCCUUGAAGUAUGCAAGCCGGGCUUAUUAUUCCGGCGAGAAACAUGCCUUCCAUGAUGGGAGGCAAUGGGAACAUUACUGGGUUUGCGUCAACUUCAGGACUCACACUUGGUCAGCCAAAUAUGAUGGACGCCAGUAAUCUGCACCCGCUAGACAUGGCUCCAAACACCUCUGAAAGCGACAUUCCUCGGUUCCGAGAUGAUGACUUCGACAGUGCUAACAAAUCCGGCAGCGACAACCCUGAAGGCGGUUCGGGUGAUGACCAAGAAAACCCUCGACCCAAAAAGAAGCGUUAUCACCGCCACACUCAGCAUCAGAUCCAAGAAAUGGAAGCGUUUUUCAAGGAAUGUCCCCACCCAGAUGACAAGCAGAGGAAGGAACUGAGCCGGGAAUUAGGUUUGGAACCAUUACAAGUCAAAUUUUGGUUUCAAAACAAGCGCACCCAAAUGAAGACUCAGCAUGAGCGGCAUGAGAACACACAACUUCGGAACGAAAACGAAAAGCUCCGUACUGAUAACAUGAGGUACAGAGAAGCGCUAGGUAAUGCCUCAUGCCCCAAUUGUGGCGGCCCAACAGUUCUAGGGGAGAUGUCUUUCGACGAACACCAUCUGAGACUCGAAAAUGCUCGAUUACGAGAAGAGAUUGAUAGUAUAUCAGCGAUAGCUGCGAAGUAUGUUGGCAAACCAUUAGGAACCUACCCUCUCAUGUCUUCUCCAGUUCCUUCCCGUGGUCAACUUGAUCUUGGGGUUGGGAACUUUGGUGGUCAGCCAGGCAUGGGCGGUGAGAUGUAUGGUGCUGGAGACCUUCUCAGGUCAAUCAGUGCACCAAGUGAGGUAGACAAGCCAAUGAUAAUUGAGCUUGCUCUUGCAGCUAUGGAGGAACUCUUCAAAAUGGCCCAAAUGGGUGAACCUUUGUGGAUGACAAGCUUUGAUGGCACCACAACCAUACUCAAUGAAGAUGAGUACAUCAGGACAUUCCCUCGUGGAAUCGGGCCAAAACAAAACGGCUUCAAAACUGAAGCUUCGCGUGAGAGUGCAGUUGUUAUCAUGAACCACAUUAACCUUGUUGAGAUUCUUAUGGAUGUGAAUCAAUGGUCGACUGUGUUUUCUGGGAUUGUGUCAAGAGCUCUGACCCUUGAAGUCCUAUCAUCUGGCGUGCCUGGAAAUUACAAUGGAGCCUUGCAAGUGAUGACGGCAGAAUUCCAAGUUCCUUCACCACUUGUUCCAACUCGUGAGAGUUAUUAUGUAAGGUACUGCAAACAGCAUGCCGAUGGCACCUGGGCUGUGGUUGAUGUUUCAUUGGACGACUUGCGCCCCAAUCCUGAGCCUAGAUCUUGUCAAAGAAGGCCCUCGGGAUGCCUAAUUCAAGAAUUGCCAAAUGGAUAUUCAAAGGUUACAUGGGUUGAGCAUGCUGAAGUGGAUGAAAGAGGUGUUCACAACCUCUACAAGCAGCUGGUUAGCUCCGGCCAUGCAUUUGGCGCGAAACGAUGGGUUGCCACCUUGGACCGGCAAUGCGAACGUCUAGCUAGUGCAAUGGCAUCAAACAUCCCUACUGGUGAUGUUGGAGUGAUUACAAAUCAAGAAGGGAGAAAAAGCAUGCUAAAAUUGGCUGAAAGAAUGGUGAUUAGCUUCUGUUCUGGAGUGAGUGCAUCAACCACUCACACAUGGACCACACUGUCUGGAACCGGUGCUGAUGAUGUCCGGGUGAUGACCCGAAAAAGUGUGGAUGAUCCCGGAAGGCCUCCAGGUAUUGUGCUCAGUGCCGCCACAUCUUUUUGGCUUCCAGUUCCUCCCAAAAGAGUCUUUGAGUUUCUCCGCGAUGAGAACUCCCGCAGCGAGUGGGAUAUUCUUUCCAAUGGGGGAAUUGUUCAAGAGAUGGCACACAUUGCGAAUGGUCAUGACACUGGGAAUUGCGUGUCUCUACUACGAGUAAAUAGUGCCAAUUCAAGCCAGAGCAACAUGCUGAUACUGCAAGAGAGCUGCACUGACCCAACAGCUUCCUUUGUGAUUUAUGCACCAGUUGACAUUGUUGCCAUGAAUGUGGUGCUGAAUGGGAGUGACCCUGAUUAUGUUGCCCUUCUUCCUUCUGGGUUUGCUAUACUCCCGGAUGGAGCCGACAUUGGAGACUCUGGCUCUGGUGGUGGUUCCCUUCUCACUGUUGCUUUUCAGAUCUUGGUUGAUUCAAUCCCAACUGCUAAGCUGUCUCUCGGGUCGGUUGCAACAGUUAACAAUCUUAUUGCUUGCACUGUUGAGAGGAUCAAAGCUGCAUUGUCAUGCGACAAUGAGUGAACUUCAUGACUCAAUUAGUUAAUUUCUAUAGGACGAGGAAGGGAGGUGAAAUGAGAGACACAGAUGGUGGUAAGGAAUUUCGGCAGCUUAUACCCAGGAGGGGAGAAGUCAAGAGCGCACCCUACAUGAUCUUUUUGUAUAAUCUAUAAAGAGAUUAGGGGUUCGGGUAUUGACUUCGUCGAACUAUGUUAAAGGCAAAUUAAGCGCUUGAGACCUUAUUUAUUUUUUGUUUUUGCUUUUAUUGAACUUUCUCAUUUUCCACCUCUAACCUUGUACACAAGAUUAGGGUUUUGGAAUGGAUAUUGCUUUUCUUUAUGGUCAAACGUUCAGGGUUUCUUUUUUUGAAAAAGGUUUUUAAAAGUA